CUCGGUGCUUUCAGUUUAACUAAAACUCCCGGCUGCACUAGACGUACUCCUUUACUUUAACUGUGAAAUUUACAUGUGCUUGUGAUAAAUAUUUAUUACUCUCGUUUAUUUGCGCUAAAAUACAACAAUAUGAUCUACGUGGCAUGUUUUGUAUUUUUUAUUUUAACUGGAGUGAAAGAGUCACUGGCGGGGAAGUGCGACAGAAAAAUAGACAGCGGAACAGCCCCCAGUGUCCAUGACGGAAAAUUCUUCAUCACUCUCUGGACUUUUAAUAAAACAGAUACUGUCGAUCAGUAUAUGCCCAACACACGAUACAUUGUGACCCUUGAGGGAACCAAAUUGCAGCAUACCGUCUCACAAGAUUCCGCAGGUUACAGAGAAAAGUUCACAAGAUUUAUAUUGACAGCCGAUAACAAAAAUGACUCCUCGACAGUCGAGGGAACCUUUGAUCUCAUCGAUGAGAUGUUGACCCAGUUUUCCGACAAGUGUCCCAACAGCGUUUCCGAGACCAGCAAUAUCCCGAAGGAGGAGAUCGCAGUGGCUUGGACGAGCCCUCCUGAGGGAAGCGGCUGUAUACUCAUUAGAGCAACGGUGAUGGAAACUCCCGACACUUGGUACAUGGACGAUGGAGGAGUCGCAAGAACAGUUUGUCCAGAUCCAAAAGCUAUUGAAGAUGAUCCUGGGCCUGUCUUGCCGACGUGUUGUGCUUGCGACGAGGCCAAAUACGAGGUCACCUUUGAGGGUCUUUGGUCAAGAAAUACUCAUCCAAAAGACUUUCCGAGCAAGGGCUGGAUGAUAAGGUUCUCUGACGUGAUCGGGGCUUCGCAUACCGUCGACUACAGAUUUUGGAGGUACGAUGAAACCGCUAGCGAGGGUCUUCAGCAAGUUGCCGAGAUAGGAUCCACUAGAAAACUCGAGUCUGAGUUAAAAGAACAAAGCGAUCAUAUAAGGACAAUAAUAAAAGCCCGAGGUAUAACCCAUCCAAAUGUCACCGGGAAAACGUUCGCAGUGUUCAGAGUAGACCGGAAGCAUCAUCUUAUGUCGCUGGUUUCUAUGAUUGUCCCGUCACCUGAUUGGAUUGUCGGUGUUUCUGGGCUAGAGCUCUGCUUGUCAAAUUGCUCGUGGAUUGAACACAAGGAGCUCAAUUUGUACCCAAUCGAUGCCGGUACUGAUGACGGUAUCACUUACAUGUCACCGGAUUCCUCGCUGGAAAACCCGGAGCCAAUAAAGCGGAUAACAACUAGCUGGCCGAAUGACACAAGAUCUCCGUUUUAUGAUCCCCUAGGGCUGGACAUGAAACCCAUGGCGAAAUUACAUCUCAGCAGACAGAGACUCUAUGAGAAAUCUUGCAACGCAUCUUCGGGCGAUUCUGCCGUCGAUUCAGGUGGUGAUAACAAUGAUAUUAAUAAUAAUAAUGAAGGUAGUGAGAAUUCCACAGGUGAAGAGGGUGAAGGGGGUGGCGAGGGUGGUGGUGGUGGUGGUGGUGGUGGUAAACGCCAUAAAGGAAAAAAUCGUAAACACAAACAUAAAAAUAAACCGUGCAGAACAACGCAGUGGAGCGCGUGGGGAAAAUGUUCGGAGCCUUGUGGCGAGGGGAAAAGAUUGAGGCAAAGAAAAUACGAAGAUCCGGUAGCUGCUGCUGCUCAUAAUUGCAAUAAAUCGUUAAGUAGUCGAGGAACUUGCUUCGGAAACAGUCCUGAAUGCGACGGACAGGAGAGAGAAAAAACAAUUUUAGACACACCGGAUUGUAAAUUAAGCGAAUGGGGAGAGUGGAGCUCUUGUACAACGAGCUGUGGAGAGGGCGAGACCACGCGGUCGCGUAUUUUUGUCCACAAAAAACACCGCAAGCGAUGCAAGCUCGUGUCAAAUGGUCCAGAGCUCCAACAAACAGUUCCUUGUGAAAAUGACCCCUGCGAAAACACGAAAACUGAAGAGGUAAGCAAAAAAGAGGAUCUAGAUGAUGACGUUGUUGUUGAUGAGGUCGAGGAGCCCAACGAGGCUGAGGAGGGAGAGAGUCACCAAGAUGAGGAGAAUGAGGAGGAGGAAAAUGAUGCUGAGGGUGAGGAGGGAGCCGAGGGGGAUGAGUCUGAGGAAUUAAAUUCUGAGAAAGAGGAGGAAAUGAAUUAUCAAGAAGAUGAUGAAAAUAAUCCGGUGGAGGUAACCGAGGAAUGGUUGCAGAAAUGUCCUGAUGAUGUGUACGGACCGUGGGGCGCUUGGUCUCCCUGCACUUCCUCAUGUGGAUCCGGAACUAAGACAAGAAAUCGUAUACCCAUUGAUAAAUCUGCUGAGGGCGGUACUAACUGGAACUGUCGAAUACAGUAUGUAAAUUGUACGUCCAAAAUUAAAAGCUGUGAAAUAACUCCCGAAGAUGCUCAAGAAAUUUGUAACGAGCCAUUAAUUACUGGGUCGUGCCAGGCUUCAUUUACAAGAGUUUACUACAACUCAGCAGCCAAAAAAUGUGAGAUUUUUACUUACAAAGGAUGCGACGCGAACAGGAAUAAUUUUCAUACUAUUGAAGAGUGCUUGAAAGUUUGCAAUGAAAUUCAGAGGAUGGGGUGGGAUAAAUCUAAGAUUGAAGAUGCUUCUAAAUACAAAGUAUCGAUUAGUAGCGUACUUAGUUAUCACGUUCCGGUUAAUCAAGAGAAACACCGUAGAAAAUCUAAGCGCGAGCGGAUCGGUCCAGAGUCUGAGAAUUUUAAUGGGAUCCCAAGCGGGAGUCAAGUUUCGUCAAUUACUCCGAGGUACGAUGAAGAUGGAAAGGUGGAUUGUCAAAUAACUCCCUGGAGCGAUUGGACUGUUUGUCAGAGUUGCCAUGGAUACACUAACAGCAGUCGAUCUAUCUUGGUCCAAGCACAAAACGGUGGAAAAAGGUGUCCCAAGAAAUUGAUGAGAAAAAUAAAAUGUCAUAAAAUACUACCCGGAUGCUCAAAAACUCGCGGUGAUCGGCGUAAACGGUACCAUGAUCGAAGAUCUGUAUUGACAGAUCAAAAUAACAGAAAUACCAGCAGAGUUGACUGCAAAUUGACCCACUGGUCACCUUGGUCUCCAUGCCACGCGACUUGCGGCAACGCUGUUCAGCACCGAACCCGAAGAAUCAAGAUCCACCCGCACGGGCUCUACAGCAAGCAAUGCACCAAACUUGUUGAGUUUCGCAAGUGCUCAAUGUUUCCUUGUAUAGCCGAAUAACCCUUGUUUACUUUUUUAUACGUUAAAAAACCCCGGAGAAGAAUAAUUGUCGAGUAAUAAAUUAGCAGCUAGCAAUUAUCAAACAUAUCAAGUGAUUGCUAAUUGCUGAUAAUAAUAAGUUAUAGUUAAAAAAAUAAGUAUUUAUAGUUGACGUUAUAGUCAGUAAUUGUAAUUAUAUUUAUAAUUAAUUAUCAACAAUCAUUGCUAAGUCAUAAAAAACAAAAUCACAACGCACAUAUCCCAACAAAAUUGAUUAUCAACUGCGAGGGUGUCAUUGAAAUGUGUAAUCAAAAUAUUUCAUUGGAAUUUCGGAUCCAGUAUUAUCUAAAAAUACAUUUAUAGUAAUUGUAA